CCUCACGAAGCGGAGGUAUUUAACGGUGUGUCCAGACAGCAGUCGACGCUGGAUUGUACUCGGAGCUCGGUGGAGAAGUACGGGACGGAGGAGUGGAGAGAAAGGACUCACUGGUGUUUUCGGGAGGAGGAACUCACACAGAAGGAGUGCACACAGACUUCACGGGGAAACUCACCUACACCACUUUUGGGAAUUGAGAGAAAGGACAUUUUUGGAUAUCACGCUGUUUAAAGACUGUAUUUCAAGCACUGUAAAUAAAUGCACUGUCUGCUUAAAACCCAGAGCUCCGCGCCUGAGUCCACACCUUCCAUUAGCUGUGACAGAACCAGAGCCUGCUGCAGGGAUUAUAUGUCUUGUGUGGUAUGAGAAUACUUUGGGAUCCCUCAGGAGGAACGGAAAACCUGGAAUAGCCUGAUGUCACUGAUAACCAACUUUAAAUAAGCAAAAGUAGUGGGUGGAUGGACAGAUCAAUGGAUGGUUGGCUAACUGGAUAAACAGUUGCUAUGAGCAUUGAACAGGAGAUGGACAGACAUGAGGAGAUUUUGGAAAUUAUUUUGAAACUAUUUGGCAUUCACCUUAUCACAACGAAUGGCACAACAAGGAAGCACGUCAGUAAAGUUCCACUGCUCAGUCUGUCUGGAUCUACUGAAGGAUCCAGUCACUAUUCCCUGUGGACACAACUGCUGUAUGAGUUGUAUUAAAGGACACUGGAAUACAGAGGAUCCAAAAGGAAUCUACAGCUGUCCUCAGUGCGGUAAGAGUUUCAUACAGAAGCCUGAUCUGGAGAAAAACACCAUGUCAGAAGGGUUAAUAGAGGACUUGAAGCCAUCUGGACACCAAGCUGCUCCUGCUGAUCUCUGCUAUGCUGGACCUGAAGAUGUUUCCUGUGAUGUCUGCACAGGAAAGAAGCUGAAAGCAGUGAAGUCCUGUCUGGUAUGUUUGGUUUCUUACUGUGAGCAACACCUCCAGCCUCACUAUGAAUCCUCUGCCUUUGACAAACACAAGCUGAUCAAACCUUCCAAGGAGUUUAAAGGAAACAUCUGUUCAACUCAUAAUGAGGUAAUGAAGAUGUUCUGCCGUACUGAUCAGCAGUGUAUCUGUUAUGUCUGCUGCAUGGAUGAACAUAAUCACCAUGUAACAGUUCCAGUUGAAGUUGAAAGGGCAGAAAAAGACAAAGACCUUAAGGUGAAUCUGCAGGAAGUCCAGAAGAAAAUUCAGACCAGAGUGGAGGAAGAUAAAGAGCUUGAGAAAGAGAUGGAGGGGAUCAAACUGUCUGCUGAUAAAACAAUUGAAGACUGUGAGACCAUCAUCAAUGAGCUGGUGAGUUUCAUCAAAGAAAAAGGCUCAAAUCUAAAGCAGCAGAUCAGAUCCCAGCAGAAAGAUGAAGAGAGGCGAGUCAAAGACCUUCAGAAUAAGCUGGAGCAGGAGAUCACUGAGCUGAGGAGGAAAGAAGAGGAGCUGAAGCAGCUUUCAGACACAGAGGACCACACCGAAUUUCUCCUCAGUUACUCCAUGAUGUCAAAACUCAGUGAAAAUACAGACUCACCAAGCUUCAAAAUGUGUCAAGUUAAGUACUUUGAGGAUCUGCAAACAGCACUGUUAGAAGCCAGAGAAAAUCUCAAAGCAUUUCUAAGUGAAGAAUGGAGCUAUAUCACUCUGACAGUGAGAUCAGUGGAUGUUUUAUUGCCACAAAGCAAGCCUAAGACCAGAGAUGAAUUUUUAAAACAUUCAUGUCAACUGACAAUGGACCCAGAUACAGUUCACAAAAAACUCUUCCUAUCUAAUCAGAACAGAACCGUAUCAGCCAGUGCUUCAAAUCCAAAUAUCUAUCCUGCAUAUAAAAAAAGGGACAGGUUUUCCAUCCAGCAGCAGGUCCUGAGUAAGGAGAGUCUGAUUGGACUUUGUUACUGGGAAGUGGAGAUGAAAGGGAGAGGCCUUUCAGUAGCCGUGACGUACAAAAAUAAAAAUAAACUGGAUCAAAGUGAAUUUGGAAGUAACAAUAAUUCUUGGGCAUUAGAGUGUUACAAGGACAGUUAUAAAUUCAGACACAAUAAAAUCACAACUUCCAUCGCAGGCCCUCUGUCCUCCAAAGUAGGAGUGUACGUGGAUCCCAGAGCCGGUAUUCUUUCUUUCUACAGCGUCUCUGACACCAUGGCCCUCCUCCACAGAGUCCAGACCACAUUCACUCACCCGCUCUAUGCUGGACUGUGGAUUUGGAAGAGUUAUUGGACUGAUACCACUGCUACAUUUAAUGAGAUAAAAUAGACUGUCUUCAUUAGUUUGUGAACCCAUCUUGUUCUUUUCUUUAUUCGCUGGUCAAAUGCCAAUCAAACAUCUUAAGCCAGGUCACGGAGAAAUAUGAAAUAUUGAUUAAAAUCUGAUAGAUUUCUUUGUGCAGGAACAUGAACUCAGUAGCAGCUAGGUAUGAUCAGUGCCAGUGUCUGCACAUGUAUCAUUAAUCAAAAUGUGAGAUUUGUUUUGUACGGUUUAUACUGUUGCUGUGAGGUUUUCUUUCACUGUAUGAAUCAUUCAUGAACUUUCUCAAUCAUUUUCUCUGUCUUCCUUUCACUUUUAAGCAUUUUAAGAAAAUAACUGUAAUGAUGCGUUCAUUACACCCAUAAUAAUAUAAAAUCAAUUUUACAUUCUUAAAAAAAUCAUGUUUAACAGUAAUUAUUGAAUGUUAAAAAUGAAUUAGUGAAGACAGUGGCUUAAACAGGUUGACUAAUUUUAAUAAUGUCUGGCGUAUUUAUCGUAUCAGUCCAGCUGUUACAUGAUGUCAUUAAAUUACUUCUGAAUUUGUAACUUUUAUUGACACGUUAUUGUGUUUGUAACAUUUGUGAUCAACACAGAUUUAUUUUAUUGCAUCCACUUAUUUAUAUAAUUCAGUACUGGAGUAUAAUGCAGGAUUUUUCUGUCACCACACAAAAUCUGAAUACAAAUGUUUUGUACUUUUAAAGGAUCCUUCUAUAGCGUCUCUGACACUGUGAUCGUCCUCCACAGAGUCCAGGAUGUUUACUGAGCUGCUCUAUGCUGGACUGUGGAUUUGGAAGAGUUGGGCUAGCACCACUCAAUGACAUAAGGUUCACUGGUUUUAUCAAAGACCUGAUGAGAAAAAUGUGUGUCAAGUAUUUUGUUGCUUAUUACUCAAUAAAAUGAUAUCUGACCAGUU